GAGAGAAGCGUGUUAGCAUGUUUCUUGUCGUCGGUGUUGCAUGAACGCAAAGUAGAAAAUUCUAAGAAAAAGAUUCAGAGUUUUUCAAGCUUAUUUUGUGGCACAAGAUACAAAAAAAAAAUAAAAUAAAAAUACGCACACACAUAUCUAAGCAUAAAAAACGUUAUAUUUUACGGUGCGAAAUUUUUCACAUUUGAAGUGUGACAAUUAACUGAACUACAGAAAGCAAAGGGGGGAGCAGAAGAAAACUACAUAAUUGUGAAAAAUACGAGGAAACGUGUAAAUUGUUGAAACGCGUCGUUAGUCGCUAAGACGACUGCAGUGUCUAGAAGUUUUGUGCCGCAGAAUCUGCUCAUCUGUGGCGGCUCAGCCUGAAGUUCUAUUUACGCAUAAUUGGAUUUGUUAGACUGCUGCAUUUUUUUUUUUAUAAGAAGGACGGAAAGCCACGCAUACCUACAUACAUACUUAGUUGUAAUAUAUACAUACUACACAUCUAUAAAUUAGUUAAGAUAGUCACUUUGUGAGCGGCGCAUUCAGUUUCAGAAACCCUGCGUUGUAAGGAAACCCAGCUUCAGUUAUUUUCUUUAAGCAUUUGGUAAGCUCAGCGGAAACCAGAAAAAACACAUCAAAAUGUCGACAGUCGAUAAAGAGGAAUUGGUUCAAAAGGCAAAAUUGGCCGAACAAUCUGAAAGAUACGAUGACAUGGCCCAGGCUAUGAAAUCAGUCACAGAAACAGGCGUUGAACUGUCAAAUGAAGAAAGAAAUUUACUAUCCGUGGCAUACAAAAAUGUGGUUGGUGCCCGCCGAUCAUCAUGGAGAGUAAUUUCAUCCAUCGAGCAAAAAACCGAAUCCUCCGCCAGAAAACAACAGCUCGCCCGCGAGUACAGAGAGCGAGUGGAGAAGGAGCUUAGGGAAAUUUGUUACGAAGUUUUGGGUCUUCUAGACAAACACCUUAUUCCAAAAGCCAGUAAUCCAGAAAGCAAGGUCUUCUACCUGAAAAUGAAGGGAGAUUAUUACAGGUAUUUAGCUGAGGUGGCCACAGGAGACGCACGCAACACCGUUGUAGACGACUCCCAAACCGCCUACCAGGAUGCAUUUGAAAUUAGCAAGGGUAAAAUGCAGCCAACACAUCCAAUCCGGUUGGGUCUAGCACUAAACUUUUCAGUCUUCUAUUACGAGAUUCUGAAUUCUCCAGAUAAAGCUUGCCAACUGGCCAAACAGGCGUUCGAUGACGCGAUAGCUGAACUGGAUACACUCAACGAGGACUCAUACAAAGACUCAACGCUGAUCAUGCAAUUGUUGAGAGACAACUUGACCCUCUGGACGUCGGACACGCAAGGGGACGGCGAUGAACCACAAGAGGGUGGCGACAACUAACCAAACUAAAUUGUUUCCUUUUGACUAUGCAAAUAUUAAUUAAAAAUAAAUAUAAAAUACAACAACCAACAGCAAGAGAGAAGUACAGAAAAAACAACUACAACUACAGCCACAACAAAAUUAAUAAAAGCAUAAAAACAAAAUCUUCAAAUAGUGGAUCAGAGGCAAAAGCGAAAGCAUAAAUAAAUACAACCUAAUUUUUAAACACUAAAGAUUCAUUUGAAAUGAACAUGCAGUGAACCCACAACCAACAACCAACAACCAAUAGUUACAGUGAGAUAUGGAAGAUGGCAGAACACCGUUUGAAUGCAACAAUAAGAAGAAGAAACAAAAUUAUCAUCAAGUUAAAUAAAUAACUAUAUUUUAAUUCAAGUAUGAAUAAACCAAGAGAAACGCUAAAAUUUCGAAUGUGAUUUCCAUACAACAACAGGCAGCAAGACAAGCAGAAACAACGAUGCAGAUCGUAAAAUCACUUAGUCAAUAGCGAAGAAUUUGUUAUAUGAAUUUCCUAUUUCGUUUGUAUUCUUGCAUAUUGCAUAGGCAUGCCCACUUACAUAUGUAGUUACAUAGAUAGAACGUGUAUUGUUGUAUGUAAGUCAGAGGGGAAAUAAGUGCGGCAUUAGAAAUUGCGUAAGAAAUGUGCAAUAACUUAUGCCAGCUUUCAGACCCUCUCAUCUGGUUUCGAUUCGUUGAGUUUAUUGAUUUAAACCCAAAAGCGAGAAUAUGCUAUUCUUUCUAUGUUCCCCCAUUGCCUAAGGUGUUGUCUUUAGUAACGCGGGCGUUUUUGGGGAUAUCGCAUCACCCGCAGAGAAUAUUGCUAGCGAAUAAAGAUUAAGUUUUGGAAAACAUUGAAACUUGGAAACCUUCUUUUUGUUGCAUGCGCGAAAAAACACAAACAAAAAAGAAAAUUAAAAAGUGUUACGCCAUUCUACUGCUCACCAACAGCAAAAGUCUAAUUGAAGCAAUUAGAUAGAAAAUUGGGAAAAAGAUCAAGAAAAACAAAAACAAAAACAACCAGCCGAGAAAUCAACCAAAAACAGAAAGAGCUAAAUUCCACAACCACUGCAAUAAUUAAGAUCGAUAUGCAUACAUAUAUUUAAAUGAAAUUAUAUCAUCAAUGCUACAAAAGCGUAAAUAUGUUAGGCAGAUCAUUAUACUAUAUUAUUUAUUAUUUUUUUUAAUAAAUAAUUUGAUUUUGUUUUUUUUUAUAUUAACCAAAAAAGUCAUACUCGUUUCGUUUUCCAAAUUUUGUACGUACCUUCAGAGAAAAAGAAUUGGUAAAUAUGCAUUUGAACUGUACAUAUAUAUAAAUAUAUAUAAUAUAUAUAUAUAUGUGUCAUUUUAUCUCGAAAAAAAAAAAACAAUACACAAUUUACCUGUAAAAGGGGAUGAUUGUGAUUCGGCAAACUCUUAUUUUAUUGAGAUAAACACAAAAUUCUGUUUGAGUGCACGUUUGUGUCCAAUUUUCGAAACCAUUGCUAAACUUUAAUGGCUGAAACGAAAGAGGAUAACAUAAAACAGAAAUAUAUAAACGAUUGUAGAGAAUUUGUGUGCAUGCUUGAUGGAUUAUUCAAAGAGCGCAGAAGCAAGAAGCACGUUUUCUGAACAAAUUUCGUGGCAUGCCAAUUCGUUUUUAUCCCGCUCCAAAAUUGUUUUGUGAAAAAAAAAUAAAAAUAAUAAUAUAAACAAUGAUUUCUAUAAUUUUUAAAUAAAAACGUUAUUACGUUAUA